UAAGGACAACUUUAAAACCAAAGAGUUACUAUUCUAUUAUGCACUUUUACUGAAAGUUCGAAAAUUAAAACAUAGUACAUGUUUUGAUCUAUAUUUUGAAUUUCAUUUACUUCCUAUAAAUGUUCGUUGUUUAUUCGGCUUUUCGAUUCAGUUUUCCAGUUUCGACUUUUUUUUUAAAAAAUUCAAGAGUUAUAAUACUUAGCUUUAUUGAAUCAACAAUUCCGUUAAACUGGAAAAAAAAAAAUUUGCGCUAAGUUACCACGUAUGCGCGCUUUAUUUUUGAAAUAGCAUCAGUCCCAUCCCAAAUAAAAAAUUUGACCAUACUCAAUAUGUAAACUUGAGAAAAGAUUUAAUUUCCAUUACAAAUUAUUUUAAUAAUUUUAAGUUUGUGAAUGCAUUGAGUAUUACAUUCUUGUAAGCUAUUCUUCAUAAAUUAGGCUCAGCUGAUAGUGUACACAAUUGGCCGACUGAAUUUGCAUCGAUCAUAUGAUUUAUUAUUAAAAGUAAUGGCUCCCGGUGCAAAAAAGAAGAAUAGUAAUAGAAGAACUGUAGAUAAUAUACCAGAUGGUAAAAAGAAUUUCAAGAAUAAUUUUGCAGACAAGCCAGAUAGUAUUUCAAAUCACUCAACCAAAGAACAUGAUAUAGAACUUGAUCAAGACAAAAGAUUUAGCAAGCGAAGUGUUUCAAGUAAUUGGCAAAAAUAUGAUGAAGUACCCAGUGACCCACAUGCUGACACAACGAGAGGUAAAGAUUUUGAAGUUUUAUUAAGCUAUUCUGGAGGUUCUGAAUCACAGUUGCAGUUACAGGAAGAAAAGGAUUGGGAAGAAGCUGUGAAUGAAAAAACUAUUGCAUUAGAUAUUAAAGAUUUAGUUCAUAUUGUAAAAACUGUUCCUUUCCAUAAGCAGUUAAAUUUGCCGACAGACAUUUUCACUGAAUCCCAACUAGCUAGGUUUAACUCUGAUGCUGAAAGUUGGAAGAAAUCUUAUACCCCAAUUUACUCUUCAAAAAUAAUAUCUGGUGAGGUCGAAAAUGUAAAAACUGAAAUUCCGGAAAAUUUAGAUUCAAGCUUAAAUAUCAUCGAUAAUUCUGCCUCUGACGACGUUGAUGAACCUGUGCCCACCAAGCUGCCUAUUUUGUUAGAAGAUAAAACCGAGAGUAUUAUUGAAUCUUUAGCCUCAUGUUUAUCUUUAAAAACAACUUUUCCAGAAAAGAAGAGUGCUUUGAAAGAAGAGGUUGCAAAAGAAACUCAGUCUUUCCCUGAUGAUUUAGAUUUUUUAUUAUCAUUAAAUGUGUCUUUAAAAAAUCCUGUUCAACAAGAAAAGCAAAAUGAUAGUGAAAAAACCAAUGUUGAUGAGUGGUUAAACAGCUUUUUAGAUGAUUAAAACUUUAAAAUUAAUAAAAAACAAUAGAUUAGUGCUUAACAAAUUAUGCGGAAGGUAUAGUUGUUAUUGUUUAACAACUUUUGUGUUCAUUCUUGGAAAUGUAAUAACUUGAUUUGUGAUAUUUUCUUAUUUAUUGCAAUAAAAAUUGAUGCUAUUGAAA